CACAAACCUGGUUGCAGAUGGCGGUCGAGUAAGUUGAAACCAACAGGCCUAAGAAUUUCACUGCUAAGAUUCCUAUUAUAAAUCGCAAGAUACCAUGGAGAAUACUAGUGAAUCUGUAAGCAAUGAUUUAGACGGCGAUUUUCAAAAUGCGAAGGCGUUUCUCCUGAAAACAAGUCUACAUUCGAACCUUAAUGUGUAAGUACGAAUUAAGCUUAUAAGUGUGGGUCAACUGUCCUCUAGUUCAUUCAGAAGAUUGCAUUUAGUUAGUAGUUAGUUAGUACUGUAAGGGUGUUGAGGUUCUAAGUUGUGUUCUGUUUAUUUUCCUUGUAGUUAUGACCAUCUCGCAAGUGUUAUAAGAAAAGUCUUAGAAGAGAAACCCGUGAAUGUAGCAGGCAAGCAUGUUUUGGAUUUCAACUUUUUAAAAGAGAAUGGUCCUGUUUAAAUUUCCCAUUAAGCUUAAUAUCAAUUUAAUUUGUCUUUAAAAUGUAGAUGCUUUAGAAGAUCUUGUACGAGAUGAGAAGAGAGCUAAAUUCUGCCCUACGUUUGACACUAUCCAGGUAAAUGCAUCAGUGUCCAGUGAUUAUACAUUUGUGUUUCAGCUGUUAAAACAGGCUGUACAGUACAAGAACAAGAAGAGUUUAUAAUACCAUUGUCUGUGGAGAAAGAGAAAAUCUGCGGAGAGAAUUUGGAUGUGACUGCUAUUUACACCAGCCCUACCCAUCCUAUAGGUAUUGGCAGGACUCUAACGAAUUAUUUUGUUUUUCUUCAAGAACAAAGAAGAUGAGUCCACAGAAGUAUUAUUGGCAAGAUCCCAGCUAACUCUCUUUGAGGUAUACAAACAUUUAAAAAACAAAAUGCUGAUUUUGAGUAGGGUUUAUGCUGGGUUUGACCAAAGUUAAUGUCAUGACAUAUGACUAUAACACUUAAUUUAAUAUUAUAAACCAACUUGGAUACCCAUGCACUGCUGUAGUCUCCUUCGCAGACACUAUUAGGGUCACCUGUGACGACUCUUAUAACAGCUGUGAAGGAAACUACCACUGCUGAUGCAAAGGGCAUUUCUAACCCCUUGACUUCUCGGGUUGAGGUGAUUUACUAUUGACUUUACAGGGCUCAAAUUAUAACAGCUGGUCAACGGACAGUGUCUGGCCAAGAUGACCCAACCCUCCAAGUUAAAAUUUUUGUUCAGUGGCUACUUGGUGACCAACUCUUUGGCUUUAGUCGCUAGGGUAAAUUUUUAGGCGCCAAAUUAUUUUAAUAAAUUAACAAAAGCAGUUAGCAAGUUUAACAUAAAAUGCUGCACUGUUUAUUUUUAAGAAAUGGACAACAACUUUAAGUUUAAAACAAGACAUGUUUCGAUCGUUCAAUGAUGCACUGUUUAUAAAUUACUCAUUUAUUGUGGAAGGCAUUAUUUACUGAUGGUCCGAGAAGGAGGAAGGUUUGCAGAUUCAUAUCCUUGAAUCAACACUGAAGCAGAAUUGCACAGACAAGAACCAUUUCCAGUUGUCUUUAGGGCCUUCAAUCCUUCUCUAUAAUCUUCAAUUGGUAUAUGAGAGCAGAACAUAACUCAUCCCCUGUUAAUGUGUUCAAACUUCCCAGUCGCAACUUGAAAGGCGAUCUGUUUUUUCUGAUAUUUGCUUCGCACUUCUUCUGUGACUUUUGUUGAUGACUGACUUGUUUCCCCAACUACCAAAUAUUCUGGGAGAUUUAAGAGAUCCUUUUUAAUUUCUCUAGACAUUGCAAAAGCCUCACUAAGGCAGGAGAGUAUAGGAAGAUCAACAAGUCUUAUAAAUCAAAUCAUUGCUUUAUACAGAGAUAACAUCGCGCACGUGAAAAUUUCGCAAUGACUUGUACUGGGAAAACAGUUUUUCCCCAAUCCAUUAACAGGAACCCAAAGAAAAAUGUCACAUAUGAUGUAAUGAAUUUUCUUUUUCCUUUAUCAUUGCUACAGAUGUUGAACAAAUAAAUUUUUUGCAACAACCAUAAACUGUCGGUUUUUGCAAUGUGUUAGUUUUGCUUAUUAUCGCUAUCUGCAAAACCGUGAUUCAACUCACUGCUCGCCUCUCAUGUUAUGGUUAUUACACAAUUUUCUGUGUUGACUUCACAGCAAUUUAGCUUUCCCUCUUCAUGUUAUUAGUCUAGAUUGUUUAUUGAUUCAGGAAUAUUUAAAAUAUGUAUUCCAGUACAAAAAACCACCAAGCUUGGCCAGACAAUUAGUAUUCCUAACAUAUCGAAAUCGACACUGUCAACAAGCAAGGCGCUUCGAUUGCGUGCUAAUUGUCACGUGUCAAAAGGCUUAAAAUGUCACGUGCAAGCCUGGGCAACAGACUCAGUGGAAGUGAACGAAUGCAGGUCAAGUUUCAAAUCAGCUAGCAUAAAUGUUCUUCAUAUUUCAGUAGAUGUGAUUACCGUUUCUGUUUCUUUACAAACGUAUUCUUCAUGGUCGCCAACUUGGUGACUACUUUCCAAAUCAAGUCGCCAGUUCCAAAAUUUUAGGCGCCAUGGCAACUAAAAUGGUUGCAACUUGGAGGGCCGAGUGACCAUUCGUCUUGACAGAGUUUCCAUUUUGCUGGUCAUUUUGACUGGACACAACGACAACAACAACAGUAACAACAACAUAACGACAACAAACAUUUUCACAACAUUACAUUUCAAGAGGGCAUGCAUCUUUUUUCACUCUUUUUUUUUUGCUUGUUAGGCUUGUGCAAGUUAUUACAGUCGAACCUUGAUUAUUCUAACCUUGAUUAUUCGGAUUUAUCAAUAACUGGACUUUUUCUAUCUGGUUUUUUUGCUUUCCAAGAGCAAAAGCAGCGCUCGUACGCGUCGUAACCAAUGAAGAUUACAUUCGAAUGAGUUCUGAUUGGCUCAGAGUUGCAUUGUUGCUUAGUGAAAUUUCACGCUCUACUACAUUUUAUUGGCUUGCUCGGUGUGGUAUGCAAAACAAACAGGCUAGCAUCACAAACGUUUAUUUAUGAUCAUCAUGUCUUUGAAGCGCAAGCGAUCCGUUUUUUCAAUAAAAGAUAAACAGUCUAUUAUAAUUGUGGGAUUAGGAAAAGGAACCAAUUUGUUAGCUGAAUAUGCCCUCAGUAAGCAGCAGAUCUCUGAUAUCCGUUAAAACAAGGAAAAUGAUCAUGAAGUUUGCCAUCAUCUUUAGAGACCAGCGAAAUACUGAAGCGAAAAUUACUGAAAGUUGCACAUGAUGAACAGCUCAAUAAAACCCUGUAUGUCUGGUUUAUUCAGCAAUGAACAUCUGGCACUCCAAUUCCUGGUCCCCAAAACAAUUUGUAAAGUCGUUGUUUCACAAUCAAUUGUUGUUUUCUCAAUUUAAACAGUUUUGUUCUUCAUUAAUAUUCAUAAUUAUUUUCGUUUUAUCUGGACCCUCGAUUAUCCAGACUAUUUCGUCUGGUCCCAACGAGUCCAGAUAAUCGAGGUUCGACUGUAUUGUGUUAUUUUAACAUUUUGGGAGGUUAGAAGAGAGACAUGACUGAGCUAAAAUUUAUGUGGCCAGUCAACACAAACAGCAACAGUCCCAAAUUUAUUUUGAGCCCAGUUUUAGAUGCUGUGGUCAAAAACUUGAGUGUGACCAUUCAACGAAACCCUCGGGGCCGCCUCUUCUUCUAAUAGUGUGGUAUCAGUGUGUAUUUGUAAUAAAACUAUUACGAAUUUCCCAUAGUAGAACCUUCACUUUAAGUUCUCUAAAAUGGGAGUUGAAGGGUUUAAUAGCGAUAAGCAUUUGUCUUGCAACCCUCCAAGUUGUGACCAUUUUAGUUGCCACUGGUGCAUAAAAUUUUGAAGCUGGCGACUUUAUUUGUAAAAAAGUCUCCUUAAACCAAAAGAAUUGGUUGCCAAUUGGUGACCAAGCAAAAACUUUAACUUGGAGGGUUGAGACUUGAUUCCUGCAUGAUUCUCUUCACUUUUCAAGACACACAAGGUCAACCAGUCUCUUAAAUCCUUUUCUCCCUGUCCAUCAUCUAUCAAUGAGGCCCUCUAAAUGACUAAUAGGGGAGUUAUGUAUGUCCCCCAAGUCUGAAUUUCAAAACCUGUCAUUUCGCAUAUUGAGGAGGAAGCAAUGUCACUGUUGGUAUUUUACUAUUUUAUUUGCUCUUUUGUCUGUCGCUGUGGCAGUUUUUUUUUUAUUUUCUGCUGUCCAUAUAUGUCACUGUUUCAAGGCCAUAUCGCUUGUUGGAAUUUUACCCUAAAAAGGCCUCAUCAAUGAGUUUGUGCAAUGUGCUAUGCACAGGAAUACCACUCAAGUUAGCAAUUAAAAAAUCUGUGCCUCUCUUUUUGUACUUUCUGUUUCCAGAGAAGACCUGGGGUUCAGGAAAUGGAGUCAUUGAUGCGGGAUCCUGAAAUGGAUGAAGAACAAGAAGUGCCAUUACCAGAUCUCAUGGAACUUGCAAACUACUUUGAACAAGCUGGUGUUGGCAUUGGUAGAGAAGAGACUUUUAGAAUAUUCUUGGCUUUGAAGAUUUUAAUUGAUACACAGCCAAUUAGAACUUGUAGAUUUUGGGGUAAGGACGAUGAUAAGAAUUUUCUUCAUUCAACAAAAAAAUUAUUAAUGAAUUAUUGUCAGGGAUGUCUCUAAGAGCUGGCUGCUGGCUUAUUUCACCUGCGAUAAAGACCUUAUCACUGACUCAAAUAAUUGCUCUGGAAAACAACAGACAUGGGGUUAGCGGGUAAUUUUGAAGGUGCAGUUGAGUAGAAAAAUGGGUUUGACUAAUAAACAAACUGGCUUAGCUUUUCCUUAGCUACAUCCCUGAUUGUAAAAUCCUGAUUUAAGAUAAGAGACUAAAGAAUUUGGCCUUAAAAUAUUAUACUGCCUUUCAGGUAAAAUAUUUGGUAUUCAUGCAAAUUAUAUAAUUGCCGAAGUGGAGUUUUUUGAAGGAGAAGAUCCGGAAGAACAAUUAGAUGGUGAAAACCAACAGGACAAAGAAGAGGUAUAAUCUGUUGUUUUUAAAUUGUAUUCUACCCAUUGCAAUUUAUUAUGGGCUUCACAUUUUAAUAAACAUUUUGUUGUCAAGGACAUUGAAGCCAUUCAAGUUUAAUUAUAAAAUAUAUUUUGUUCUUUACAGAAUGAAGCAAAGAUUGACAUAAUAAAAGAAGGAGAUUUUGAUGUGGAAGAAGAUGAUGUCCCUCAGCCAGAGUAUAAACCACCAGCACUAAUUCCCAAUGAAGACAACAGAACAGGUUGUAACAAGAAAACAUACUUUGUUUCUAAUGAGGGUUAGUAUUAUUUUUUGUUUUCUUUUUUUUUCUUGAAAUUUCUUUGUUUGAUCAGGAAUGAGUUGUAGUAAGAAGAUAAGGCAGGUGUGAAGGGUCAGCAGCAGUGGUGGAAACCAAGAGGGUAACACAUGCACAGCAGUAAUUAAUUAUGAUAAUGAUAAAGAUAAUAAUAAUAAUCACGGAGGGUCGUGGGUUCAAAUCCCAUCUGGGACUCGGAUUUUUUUUCCGAGUCCUCCUCAAAUUAAUAUCAUGUUGUCGUUGUUUCAUCUUCAAUAUACUCACUUUGGAGGUUGGUUGGCCGCAUCUUGGAUAUGCUUAAGGUGACAGCGCGAUGCUGUUAGUGAGUUCUUCACGUCUUGUGUGCCUAUCAUUACUUGGCUGUGUAGCCGCGUGAUGCGGUUCCAGUCGAGACCCACAAAUUGGCCCUUGCUCACCAUAGAGUCUCCAGUAGCUCAAGUGGUUAGAGCAUCCGACUAGAUCACGGAGGGUCGUGGGUUCAAAUCCCAUCUGGGACUCGGAUUUUUUUUCCGAGUCCUCCUCAAAUUAAUAUCAUGUUGUCGUUGUUUCAUCUUCAAUAAUAAUAAAAAUAAUAAUAACUCUUUAUUUUGCACUUGGUUAGCACUUUACAGUAAAACAUUAAUGAACCUGUGGCCCUCACCUCAGAAAUUUUUUGAAUUAAGUACAGACCAUUAGCAGGUACUACAGAGGAGGCUGCAGGGCUAAUCUCCAGGUUGUUAUUACGCAUGUGUUGCAUGUAUGUAAACUGCAUUUGCUUGGACUUCCACUAAGAAUGAAUGGAAUACACAUAACACAAUUUGAUCAUGCAUGUUUGGACCUUCUAUGCCUUGAAUCUGAUCAUGCGUGUUUUGAUCAUCUGCCACAUAAAUCACAGCAUUGGAGAAAAAGCGUUUUGACCUUCAAUCGUUAUUGCCCACACUCUGUAACCUUUGGUUAUUACUAGUUAAUUAUGAAAAAAUUUUGUAUACCUAAAGAAAUCAAAUGGAGUAGAAAAAUAAUAAUUGAUUAUAAUAAUAUUAGUAAAUAAAAAAUAUAAACAAAAUACAUAAAUGAAUGAAAAUAAAAGUUAUAAAAAAGGAAAAUUAUGUAAGCCAGCACAACUUUCCUUAGGAGAAAGGGUUGCUGUUGAAAAGCCAAAAGAUAAUAAGUGUUUCUGAUAGAAGAUUAGAGCUGUGGAGUCAGAAAAGAGAGGGUUAACUAGAGACCAAGAGAAAAUGGAAUGGGAAGCAGGAGUAAACAAAACAUAAGGGCAUAGGGAAUGAAAGAGAAAAGGAUUGGGAACCAAGCUAAGAGUAAGGAAGGUUAAGGAGUGAAGGAUGUCAAGGAAGGGACAAGGGAGUAGACACUUAAGGGCCCAGUUGUUCAAAGGCUGAUUAUAUUAGCACUAACUCAGGGUUAAAUUUUAUUCCGCGUUUCUUUAUCCUUUUUUCAAAAGCAUGUUCGUGGAUAUUUCUCUCAGUUCAUCUAAUUACCAAACUGUGCACAAAAAUAAUUAAACUGAAUUUUCUUUUUAAGGUUUCAAAUCUGAAUUCAAAUUCCACACUAACCCUGGGUUACUGUAACCUAGCUUAAUGAACAAGUCUAAGAGUCAAGUGUGUAUUAAUUACGAGAGGUAAUAGGAAGUAGAAGAGAAAGAGAUGAAAAGAAGGAUGAAGAGAAAGAGGGUGGGAAAUUCACAAUGUUCAUACAGAGUAAGAUUUGUUUAAUUGUGCCUUAGGCCUUAACCUCUUUUUGCCAGUGAAAAUUGCCUUACCUGACUGGUAACUUCCCUUCAUACUCUGCAAAUAGCUCAUCACAAACUAUACCGGACAGAUAAAAUUAGUACAGUUGACUCUCUCUUUAUGGACACCUAUAUGAGAUGGACACCUCUGUAAAACCGACACCUAGAAAUGGUCCCUCUCUUUCUUUACCCCCUUUAUUUGUCUCUCUAUAAGACAGACAUCUCUCUAACAUGGACACUCAGAGUGCCAGGUCCUAAAGGUGUCCAUCACCGAGACAGUUGACUGUAGUAUUAAGUGUCAGGUUUGGAAUAUGCUGUUGAGCUAGGGUCCAGAAGUUAAAAAUAAUCUAAUGCCAGUUUUAUAUUCUGUUACAGCUGGAGGGUCAUGGGUCAGACUUCCCCCGGUUACACCUGCACAGAUCGUAAUAUCAAGACAAAUCAGAAAAUUUUUCACUGGGAAUCUGCAAGCACCUGUGAGUGUUGCUAAUCAUUGCAGUGUAGUUGAGCUUUCUCUACUUGUACUGUAGUUUGUAAAAUGCGACAUGUUUCUUUUCCUCUUCAAACAUUCUUCAGGUUGUCAGUUAUCCACCUUUUCCUGGAGAUGAGGCUAACUACUUGCGAGCACAGAUUGCCAGAAUAUCAGCCACUACACACAUCAGUCCACUUGGAUACUACGUGUUUGAAGAGGAAGAAGAAGAGGAUGAUGAAGGAGGAGGUACUGACAAUAUAUACUAUUAGGAAAUGUUGUUUGUUGUAAUCAGAGCUUUAGUCUACGCUUUUGCUGUAGCUUUAAUUCCUGACUAAGCCUGGUGAGCCAGGCCCUAACAUUUUCUUGAACCAAUGCAGAUUAUUAAAGAUAAGCAUGUGAAUGACGAAAGCAAGAACUCUACUUCCAAAUUUUACCUAAAUUUAGCAUCGCAGGGCUUGAAAACUUGAAUUCCAGUGCCCUUUGUGGAAGCAGCUCUCACAUUUCCGUUUCCCUUGGCCACUGCUUGCCCAUCUUAAUUAACCCUUUAAGUCCCAAGAGUGACCAACAUCAAUUUUCUCCUAACUGUAUCAAUAUCAAUACAGUCAUCAAGAGAAAAGGUUAGGAGAAUUAACAAAAUGAUGAAGAAAGGAGAAAUGCUUUAAUUUUUUAUCAGGUUCUCUCAACUAAUUCUAUAAGGCAGUGUAUGGUGGACACUAGUGUGAAGAAUUUGUAUUUGGAUAUUGUGGCUUAAAAAGGGUUAAUGAUUUUGCUGGACAAUGACUUGCCUGGACCCUGGCUUGCCCUUUGGGUAACAAUUAAGCAUUAAAGUUACUUGCCCAGCAAGAAAGUCUUAACUUGUCACAGAUUACCAGACAGCUAGGACCUUUUUAAAGCCCUGAGCAUGAUCCAAAACACACAGUUGCUAAAAUGGCAUUUUUUUUUCUCCUCCUUUGAUCAGCUCGUGAUUCAUUUGUGGUAAACACAGAGUUUGAAGGUCUGACUCUGAACGAGAUGACUGAUCCAUCAUGUGCAAACUGGGUCCAUCAUGUUCAGUAUGUCCUUCCACAGGUAUGCAUUAUUGUCCUGUUAGUCUUCUGCUCAUGACUACAUGAUGCAAUUGCAAUACCAGUUGUCAUAUUUUUGUCAGUAUUAGUUUCUGAAUCCAUAUCCUUACUUUAGUAUGAGAAUCUUGAAGUCCAGGGAUGUAACUACCCAUGCGCCAGUAUGCAUAUGCAUACCUGAAAAAAGGUUUCCAAUAUAAAAAACAAAAGAAAUAGAAAAACAAAGAAAAAAAAGUAAACAAAGGAUAGAAAAACAGUGUAGUUGUCCAUGCUUCUCCCUUAAAACAAAAUGCGACGUUAGAGAUUUGACUCCCAUACUGGGAAAUUGAAUCGUCACCCAUAUGUGAAAACCGUUUUGAAAACAGGGUAGAACUAGUAUGCAUACCUCAGUCUGGAAAAUUUCAUGCCACACAACUUUGACAAACAUAUACUGAGAUCACCCUUGUCAAACGUUGGGGGAAUGUUUACCUUUAUGGCCACAAGAUCUGCUUACUAAGCUUCAGUUGAGAACACUGUUUUUGAGUGGAGGCCUUAUUGUAUUUCUGCUAGGGACGCUGCACAUGGUUCAACCCACUGCAGAAGAAAGAUGAAGAGGAGCUGGAGGAGGAAGAGGAGGAUGAAGAAAGAGAAGAACCUGAUGAACCCGAGCCAGAGCAGGGACCCCCACUGCUUACACCACUCUCAGAAGAUGCAGGUGAGAAGUUUUAACUGCACCUUUGAAAUAACGUUAUAAAAAUCAGCCACUAUCUGGCAUAGCCAAUGCUUUACUAAAAUGAUAAAAGUCCAGUUUAUAGUGCAGUGUUUGCCACCAUAUAUACAUUCUGUAAGCCAAGGAAGGACUUUCCUGAUCUUUCCUGUUACCACAUUUUUGAUUGGUCAUGGCUUAGAUUACUGUGUUGAUUCCAGGCCAUUUGUUUUAAACCUAAACUCAUUGCUUGGUUGAAACCUGUGGCAACAAAAAAACAAAGUGCUUAUCUUUGUGCACAUUCCCUAUUGGACAGCUGGAAAUAUUAGGCUGAUAGCCCUUAAAUGUUUCUAAGAAAACCUCUAACACAAUGAAUACUCAAAGCCUUUUAUCAUAUUUUAUCAGAGGUUGAUGGCAUGCCUCCCUGGACAGCACAGAAAUCCUCCACUUUAGUACUUCAGUAUUCCUUGUCUGUCAUGCACUCAAAUUUAUGGCCAGGGGCCCAUGCAUUUGCUGUUGAGAGGUUAGUGUUCACUGGUUUUACAACAUUAAAUUUAUUUCAUUGAAUUUUAUCUUUCACCAAAAUGUUGCCAGGGUAACCACAAUGGUUUACCAUCACUCUAGUCUCCCCCAUGAAAGACAGGGUUUGCCUAAAACCUGGAAUCCGGAAAGUUUAGUGAUUAGGGUUAGGAAACUGAGUGAAUCAAGUUUCAGGUCAGUUUGCCCAUUAUAAUGAUCAAAAUGGAACCUGAUUCACUCAGUUUCCUAACCAUCAUUACUGCUCUUCAGAGUCAUUCAGCAUUCUGUGUGGGCUUUCCAGAUUCCGGGUUUAAGGCAAACCCUGACAGACAUACUACACCAGUUAGGUCUUUGUCCACUUCUUUUCUCACACAACAGAUGUGAAUACAAAAUACAAGGCCAACAGCUUCAUCAUGCAGUUAUCCAGACUGAGACAGGGUCUUAAAUGAUUACAAACAGCAUGAUCGUGUCAGAUUGAUGGUCUGACUAGGCUUCAAACCUGCAUCCUCCCCCUACCACUACACUAUUGCAUGGUUCAAUUCUACCUGUUACCAUCCUGUGCAAUAAUUUAUUUUACAAAGAAAAAUGAAGCUUAUCACCAGUGGGCAAAACAGUAAUAGUACGUAAAUGGUGCAUUUGAGUAUGCAUCAUAUCAUACCUUUGAAUACAGAUUAUAAUUUUGAGAGGGUAUACUUUUCUAACCAGCCUGCUGUACGACAAGUUCUUGAGAUUUCCCCUGGAAAUAAUUUGUCUUGGAGAUCUUCUUCUUUGUGGUCCGAUGUCAUCAUGUAAACUCUAACUGAGAAAUGACAAACUUCAAAAGAACAACAAGAAUUUACUUUUUAUUUGCCCUGCUCCCUCCUCACAGGAGAGGGCUCCUUAAAAAAAUUCCCCACCCCAGAACAGAAGGACUGGAUUUGUCCCACGGGCAGGUGGUAACAGGUAAAGUAAAAUUGAACAAUGCAUAAGCAGACCAUUGCUGAUAACACAAAGCUAACCAGGCAGCUCUACACCAUGUGCUCCAAAGGAGUUCACAUUGCUUGCUCCCUGUCUGUGUAAUUGCAACUUGACUUCAAUGCUCCACUCAACAAUUCUUUUUAUGUGGUCUUAUUUUCCAGGAAAUUUGAAAACAUUUAUGUUGGCUGGGGACAGAAAUUUAGUGCAGAGAACUACAGCCCUCCUCCACCUCCCCCACCACAAGAAGAAUUCCCCAGUGGACCAGAGAUCACAGAAGCUGAAGACCCAUCAGUGGAGGAGGAGAAAGCUCUGAAGGCAGCUCAGCAAGAAGCAUUAGAAGCAGCAGAGAUGGAGGAAGAAGAGGAUGAUGAUGAUGAGGAUGAUUAGUUUUCUUCACUUGAAUUUAUUUAUUUCACAUCUCCUUGCUUAUGCAUCGAUUUAAGUGUAAAAAGACAAAACCAAAUAUAUUGUGCUAUGCAUUUCACACUUCAAUCAUCUUCUGUUUGUUGAAAGAGAAUAAUCUUGUGCAAAACAUAAAUAGAAACAAUGUUGUAUAUAUUUUUCUCAAAAUAUAGAAUAUAUCCUCCAAGAAUUCACUGCCAUUUGGUCAAACUCUUUGUAAGAAUCAAGGGUCUUCUCUGCACAAUACCACAAAAAGAGUUUUAUUUUACAAAAGAGCUAACAACAGAUUUGUUUCUUAAACAACUUUAUUCUUCAAAGAAGCAAGACAGAGUUAGCAGUGAUGACUUUGGUUUAGAA